AUGGCUUGCUGUCACAAAGUGAUGCUGCUUCUCGACACAGCGGGUGGCGCUGUUCACCAGAGCCCAGUCCGGCGGGCCGCCCUGCGCCUCCUCACCUACCUGGGCUGCCGGUUCGGCCUGGCCAGGGUUCACUGGGCCUUCAAGUUCUUUGACUCCCAGGGCGCGCGAGGCCGGUCCUCCCGCGCGUCCGACUUCCGCGAGUUGGGGACACGCUCCUGGGAGGAGUUCGAGGAGGAGCUGGAGGCCCGGCUUGGGUAUCUCGCGCCGGGCGCCCACCUUCCUGGCCCGGCGUCGCGGUCCAGUCACACGCACAGCGCCCUGAUGGAGACGCUGCUAGACUACCAGUGGGACCGGCCGGAGAUCACAUCGCCCACGAAGCCAAUCCUGCGGAGCAGCGGCCGGAGAUUACUGGAUGCCGAGAGCGAGGCCAAGGAGGCCGAGGCCGCGCUCGGGGGCCUGGUGAACGCCGUCUUCCUCCUGGCGCCCUGUCCACACUCGCAGAGGGAGCUGGUGCAGUUCGUGUCGGGCUGUGAGGUCCAGGCCCAGGGUCUGCCGCCCACUCCUAAGCAGGUGAUGGAGAAAUUGUUGCCCAGGAGAGUCCAGGAGGUCAUGAUCGACCGACAGAUCACCUUCUACUGGGUAGACAUCACCGAGUGGUCCAAGUUGUGCGAGUCGCCAGACCAUGUUGGGUACUGGACAAUUUGUGAAUUGCUCCGCCACGGAGGAGGCACUGUCUUGCCACCUGAAACUUUCAGCUGGGGUUGUACUAAGCCUGCGGAGACGGUGCUUGGGGGUGAAGGAAAGAUGUCAAGUGAACCUCACCUCUCUCCAUGGAUUUCAGCUCUGCCAACUGAUGCCACUUUAAACUGUUUGCUCUAUAAUUCUGCUGUAUAUGAAGCUUCAUUUCCACGGACGGAAGGAACGUUAUUUCUCCCUGUUAAAGGCAAAGAGAUUCACGAAACAUGGACAGUCACCCUAGAGCCCCUGGCCAUGCAUCAAAGGCGUUUUCAGAACCCAGUCAGAAUUUUCCUAAAAGGCUCAGUGGCUCAGUGGUCUCUCCCGAAAAGUGGCACUUUGGGCACCGACAGUUGGAUGCUACGAAGCCCAGAGGAGAACAGGUUGACUCAAGGGCUGUUAUUUCAGCAGCUGGCAAGCAGUCUGAUGGCAGAGGAGCUGCAUCUGGUUGCCAGUGUGGACCUGGAUGAAGGGUGGUCCCCUGUCACUGGAAUCCUUUCCCCGCUCUCUGCCAGUGCUAUGGUUCUUACUAUGUUCCAUGCCAAGGAGGCUGAAUUCCAAGGACAUUUUCUCCAAACGGUUGCAGCCAGAGGCCCCCAGGAUGCAGCAACCCUUUUCUCAGAUGUUGCAGAUGAUGUACUGAGUCAGAUGCAUCGUGUAUUUGAAAAUGCUGCUACUUCUGCUCCCCCUGUUCCAGAGUGGGCUCAGCAGGAGCUCGGCCGCACCACUCCCUGGAGCCCAGCUGUCCUGGAGAAGUGGUUUCCUUUCUCUAACGUCAGUGGUGUUAGUUCAGAUCUGAUGGAGUCAUUUUGGUUAUUACAGGCUGCCUCAGCUGAUAAGGAACAGUCUUCCAAAACUGAAAGUGAGUUAACAUGUUGCCUAUCCGAGCUCUACCAGAGAAAAUCUCGGGAAGAAUCUACGGUAGCUAACCAAGAAGAUACCAGAAAGAGACGAGGCAUCCCUCGCACUCCAGUGAGGCAGAAGAUGAAUGCCAUGUGUCGCUCCCUAAAGAUGUUGAAUGUUGCCAGGCUGAAUGUAAAGGCUCAGAAGUCACAGCCAGGUGGCAGCCCAGAUGCGCCUGGGGAGAAAGCGAUCCAAAAGACAGUCAGUGGAAGAACAGCAGAUAAGCUGGAAGACAGGGGAAGAUCAUUAAGAAGUUCUAAACCAAAAGAUUUUAAAACUGAGGAGGAGCUGCUAUCCUACCUACAUGAAAAUUACCAAAAGACUGUGGCCACAACAGAAAUCAUGUUAUAUUCAUGUGCUCAGAACUUGAUCUCCACUAUCAAAGUGUUCCUAAAAUCAAAAGGCACCGAGGAAGUAGAAGUGAACUGCCUGAAUCAUAUAAAAAGUGACCUCUUAAAAACUAGCAAAAGUCUCCGACAGAAUCUGGGGAAAAAACUGGAUAAGGAAGAUGAAGUCAGAGAGUGCCAGCUUCAGGUAUUUCUUCGUCUGGAGACGUGUCUGCAGUGCCCUUCCAUACUAGAAAACCCAGAUGAGAUGGAGCAAGUAGUGGAAGAGGUGACAGCUUUCCUGCGCAUAGUGUGUCUAACUGAGGACCCAGCAUACUUGGCACAUUUUCUGGAAGAGAUUUUGAAAUUGUACAUUGACUCCAUCCCAGACACGCUGGGGAAGCUUUACAACAGCCUUGGGUUUGAGAUUCCUGAGAAGCUGGCUGGGGUCCUUCCUCCAGACUUUUUCAGUGAUGACUCUAUGACACAAGAGAGUAAAUCCCCACUUCUUUCCGAGCCUCUUCUGUCAACCGCUCACAGAUCAUUGUCUAGCAGCACCGAAGCUGACCAGCUGGAGCAGCUCCGGACCAGAUCAGCCAAGAAGAGGUGAGCGCUCAGGAAAAAUGCAAUAAUAAGACAUAAAAGUCUUGCAGAGGUUUCACAGAAUCUCCGACAAAUUGAAAUUCCCAAAGUAUCCAAGAGAACUACAAAAAAUGAGAGCUCUCACCCUGCCCCUCAGCAGCCUGCACUCCCAGCAAAAGGCACAGGACAAGAAGUGACCAAAGUUCGAAGAAAUCUCUUCAACCAGGAAAUGAUUUCUCCUUCAAAGAGAUCACUAAAGCGAGGCCUGCCCAGAAGUCAUUCUGUAUCUGCCUUGGAAGGUCUGGACCAUAAAUGCGACAGCAUCAAGAAGACCAAAAGUACUAUAUUUCCAGGUUAUCACAAGCUGCUGACCAAGAGUGUGGCUGAGACUCCAGUCCAUAAGCAAAUCUCAAGGAGGCUCCUGCACAGACAGAUCAAGGGCAGGUCCUCGGAUCCUGGUCCUGACAUCAAUGUUGUUGAAGAGUCCCCUGAAAAAGGACAAGAUGAAAUAAGUUUGAGACGAAGUCCUCGAAUCAAGCAGUUAUCAUUUAGCAGAACAAAUUCUGGUUCCUUCUACUCUGUGUCUCAGCCAAAGUCUCGAAGCGUGCAGAGAGUCCAUUCAUUCCAGCAGAACAAGUCAGAACAAAGAGAAAAUUCUCCAAUUCAAAGUAUUCGGUCUCCCAAGAGCCUUCUUUUUGGAGCAGUGUCUGAAAUGGUCAGCCCCUCAGAGAAGGGUUCGGCCCGAAUUAAAAGGCUGUCAAGAAGCAAGCUGAGCUCUGAGACACCUGAAGCUUAUCAGACUCCUAAGAAGAGUUACCAGAAAUCUCCAAGGCUUCCUAAGACAGCAACGAAAAAGUUCCCAGGAACACCGCAGAUUUCCCCAUGCACUCCAGAAAGGGUGCUGCACCCUGCUGUGGAGGUGACCCCUGCGGAGCCCACCCUUGCUCAGGCCCCACAGGAGCUCUCCUCACCUUGCUGCUGCUCGCCCUCGCCAUCAGGAGCCACACUGCAGGAAGGACCCUCCCUGGCAGAAGAGCCCUCUGCUCUUGCCACAGGGACCCCGAGGACACCCACCAGGCCGGGUGCUCAGCCACCAGCCUUCAUACUGAGCUGUGCAUGGCCACAUCCAGCCAGUUCCAGUCCAGAAAGCCUGUACCAUCCGGCAUCCCCGACUCCCUCAGCUGCCCAGCCCAGGAGCGAGUGUGUGACCCCUGUCAGGUACUGCCUCAGGACACCACCGAGGGCAGCAGCCCUCCUGGGCCCACCUCAAGGUCAAAAGUGCCAGCAGCUCCUCCCUGGAGUCUCUCAGGCAGAAGAACCAGCACAGACACUAAAGGACAAAGCUGUCCAAACCGCCAAGAGACCCAACAUAACUGUGACUUCCCUACCAAGUGCUCCAGAGAAAUGGGACUUGGCCAAGAGCCCACUAAGGAGGCCCUCAACAGUGUCCCCUGGCCCUGGAGACCUAGAUCACAAAGUGUACCAGACGUCACCUGGCAGGGCUGCAUCUCCCUCCUGUGCUGGACCCUCAGUUCCCCCUACAAUCCCACAGAGUGUUGUGUCUGUCACCGUACCCCCUCCACCGCCAUCUAAACUUAGGAGACGGUAUAGAAGGACCUCAGACCCCAAACAAGACUCUCUGGAGUGCCCACCUGGGCCCUUCGCUGUACUUGGGGCUGCCACAGCCACCAGCCCAGCUGCCACCACCAGUACUAGAAAAGACCAGGAGGCAAGUCCCUCCACCCAACCCUCUCCUGAAGGACAGAGGCACCUAGGCACUGAUGUCAGCAGUGACUGGCCUGGGUGCUCCCCUCUGCUUGUUACAAGUGACACAGAUUGUUUCAUUCUUCUUGAGGAAGCCGAAGCCCAGGGCAGUGGGAGCCACAAAGUGAGGAGCGGUGAAGGUGCAGGACUAAGGACAGUAGGUCCUGCCCAGGAGCGCCCCUCUGUGCCCAACGCCAGGACUUCCUCACCUGCUCCUUGCUCUGGGCCUGGCUCUCCUGAGAUAGAGUCCUGUCCCCUGCCUUGCCCUCCAGACAGAUGGCAGUGCCAGAAUGUGGCACAGCUGGAGAGCCUGAGGGUUCCAGUGAGGCCUCUGAAGGCCCCUGCCAGCCCGCAGACCUAUGAGGUCAAGCUGGAGAUGCAGGCCUCUGGCCUGCCAAAACUUCGGAUUAAGAAGGUAGAUUCCAGUGCACUGACUGAGGCCGGAGCCCCAGAAAAGGAGGGGAGCCCUGUGAGAGAAGAGGCCUCCCUGCCUGAUCUCAGCAUGCCCAGGGCCAGCAGCACUGCCAGCAAGCCUGAGACUUCCUAUGCGUCACCCUCUUGCCUCUACUCCUUGCACAGCACGCCUGGCAAGGGGCAGACCUACAUCUGCCAAUCCUGCACCCCAACCCACUGCCCACCCAGUACCCCCUCUCCAUUUCAGACAGAUGUUGGGGUUCCCUGGACACCGUCCCCAAAGCACAGUGGGAAGACCACUCCUGACUCCAUUCAAGACUGGCCCCGGAGGAAGAGGGCAGUGGACUGCAGCAAUGGGCUGUCCUCGGGGCGAGGCGAGGUGGGCAUGGACCCUCUUGGGGCUUUGCCACCGCCGGAGCCCCAAGCCGGGGAGCAGGCCCUUAAACUGAACCUCUGUAAGACUCCUGUCUCUGAGGACUUUGAGCUUGAGGGAGUGUGUCAACUCCCAGACAAGUCACCUCCUGGGGACAGUGUCACCAAGGCCGAGGAAGCCUCAUGGGGACAGUUUGGGUUGGGUUCUAGGAAGAGACACUGGUCCUCCAAGGAAGAAGCCGAGGGUGGAGCCAACAGAGUUUGUGAAACCCCAAAGGAAGAUGCGGACAUGAGGAAGCAUGGAAAGGGGGGUCCAAGGUGGGCCAUGCUGCAGCUCCUCUCCUCUGGGGACGACGAGGUGUUCACUUCUGGCUGCACCCCACCUCGCGGCUGUGCUAUGCGGAGCUGCCUCUCAGCCAGCGGGCUGCAGGCUCUCACCCAGUCCCCGCUGCUGCUCCCCAGGAAGGCAGCAUCCUCACAGUGCUUGAACCCUACAGAUGAGAAUGCAGAUGUCUUUCCCUCCACUGCAGAAGCACCCACUUUCAGCCCGGCCUUCUCCCGGAGACGCCCCUUCAGCAGGACUUACACCCGGAAGAAGCUUGUUAGCUAGUGAGGCCAGGACCACCGGAGGACUGACAGCAACCAGCCACUGCCUACUGGGCAGAGGGGCCAUGAGGGGUCAGCUGUUCCCCCCUUGUGCCCAGGCUUCCCAGCAGGGGCCCAAGAUUGGGGUACCUGGCACAAAGGGGUCCAAGACCCUUCAGAAAGUGAAGCUGAAGUCAGCCUGGUCACCACGGGCUUACAGAAGUAGGAGACGUGUCCCCAAGCCACAGUCAGCUUGCAGAUUCCCCUACAGUUCCUCGCAGAGACUUGCCACCCUCCAGCAGCACCUCGCUGUGUAACGCACCCUAGGCUCUGCCUCUGCCCGGCUGGCAGGGCAGGUGGGUGGCAGUGUAGCUGCUGCUGUGACUUGGCCCAGCAGUCAGGAAACUAGGCGAGGAUCUGGGUCAGGUGGGGUCCCAUUCCAGCGACACCCCAAACUCAAGUUGGGAAGCCACUGUCUCGCUUGUGUAGGUGGAGACAGGAGCCCCUCAAGAGGUCCCUCUAGAAGGUGCUGUAA